AUGUCUGAAAAAGACAAAAGCAAUGCUGUUGCUGCUUGGUUUCUUGGUCCUAAGGGCGAAAAUGCUGAGUCUUUGCGUCAGCUACUGACAGAAGCCCUUGAAUAUCAUGUCCAAGGGCGCAUUGAUUAUUUUCCAGGGGAUCCUUCAGUGAUCACACCAGAGGUUAAAGCUACUGCUGCAUUUCAAAAGCAAAUUCAGAAACAAACUACUCUUGUGAAAUUGUUAUCAGGAGACCUUACAAAAAGCUCUGUUCCCUUCUGGAACCCUCGAUACAAUGCACACAUGCUCAUGGAUACAUCAAUGCCUGGUAUUCUAGGAUAUUUCACGGCAAUGCUCUUCAACGCAAAUAAUGUUGCUCUUGAAGCAUCCCCAUUGACCACUGCCAUCGAGAUAGAAGUUGGAAAACAACUUGCCAAAAUGGUUGGGUAUAAUAUAAUGUUGCACAACCCGGACCCCAUUGGCUGGGGCCAUAUCACCGCAGAUGGUUCUAUCGCUAAUUUGGAGUCGAUGUGGGCUGCUCGAAAUCUCAAGUUCUAUCCUCUUUCCCUGAGAUUGGCAAUGAUGAAUCAACUCAAAUUUAUUGCGGACACAUUCCGUGUUGACACCUGUACCCAUGAGUCGAAGUUUCUCAAAGACUUCACUACGUGGGAGCUUCUGAACAUUCUUCCGACUGAUGUUCUGGACAUACCGACCCGCCUCAACAAAGAAUACAGCAUUACAGCUCAAUUUUUGCAGGAUGCAUUGAAUCCAUACCUCAUACAGACUGUAGGAAAGGAGCGUCUGGAGCGCGAGUUUCAUGUUAAGCCAAUGGCGUACUUUGCCAGUGCUACAAUGCAUUACUCAUGGCCUAAAGGAGCUGGUCAGUCAUCUAUAACUGGGAUUGGCAGCGAAAACGUGAUUUCCGUCACAGUGGACAAUUCCGCUCGAAUGGACCCGAACGACCUGCGAAGGUUGCUGCACGAGUGCUUGAACCUCAAGGAUGCUCAAGGGAACCCUGCUCCCAGAGCUGUUUACGCUGUCGUAGCCAUAGUUGGCUCUACAGAACAUGGUGCCUGCGAUCCGUUGAAGGAUAUUCUUGAUGUCCGCGACGAAUUCCGAAGAAAGGGUCUCAGUUUUGUUUUACAUGCAGACGGUGCUUGGGGUGCCUACUUUGCGACUACAAUUCCCGAAAUCAUAGCCAGGCUCGAUAUUUUCGUACCUACUGUCCCACUCAACACAAAAACUCUCGAGAGCAUUGUGCGUAUGCGAGAUUGCGACUCUAUCACUGUUGAUCCUCAUAAGAGCGGAUAUAUCCAAUAUCCUGCUGGAGGUUUACUUUACCGUGAUGAGCGUAUGCGCUAUCUUGUGACCUGGACAAGCCCCAUCGUUUACCGCAAUGAUCUACAAAGUAUUGGGGUCUUUGGUGUUGAAGGAAGCAAGCCUGGUGCUGCGCCCGUGGCAACGUGGUUCUCGCAUACCAUUCUUGGUCUUGACACUGACGGCUAUGGCCAAUUGCUGGGUGAAGCAUUAUUCAGUGCUGUCAAGAUGUAUGCCCAUCUAGCGACCAUGUCAACAAACAAAACAAAUUUCAUUGUUCGUCCCCUGAAUAUGCUUCCUGCUGAAAUCAAAGGGAACCGGAGGGGAGAAGUUGAAGCCCAGAAAGAACUCAUCCGGAAGAAGAUCCUUCAUGUCCCUAACCACAAGCUUGUCACAGAUAGAGAGAUCUGGAAGCUUGUCGUCGAGAUGGGCUCUGAUCUUUCCAUAAACACCUUUGCUGUCAAUUUCAAGUUAGGGGACGUCGUUAACGAAGACGUUAUUGAGGCUAACUACCUUAACAAGCGCAUAUACGAGAAACUGUCCACAAUCGACGACAGUGGCAAGAAGCCUCCACUUUUCCUCAUUUCCACUGUCCUUUCCCAGAAAAAUUAUGGCGAGUGUCUGUUCAAAUUCAAAGAUCGUUUGGGCUUGAAGGGAAGCCAAGAUCUAUACACACUUGUCAACGCUGUUAUGUCUCCAUGGCCUACUGCAAUCGGCCUCACAGAAGAGGUUGCUCAGUCAUUACAGGGAACCAUUGUGAAGGAGUGCGAAGUCUCUGUGUACCGCAAUACUCUCACGGAAGAUUAUCAUGCUUUUAUCAUGCAGGGCACUGACUCCAAACUCUUCUUUGUACAUCUUCCCAUGUUUAACAUGGAAAACCAUCGCCUCCAGCUCAUUAUCACGGGUGAAAUUCCCAUCCAGAUGAGGUUUGCCUAUAUUGGGGCACGUGAAAAGAACCCCGACACUGUCUAUCUCCUGGUGAACGAUACUCCCACCACUCUUGAAAAGAUUCUAGCGGCGAAGGAAUUUGAAGCGCGCAUCGAGCCCUUUAACCCAAGAGGCCAACAACCGUGCGUACCACCCAUUGUCAAAGGCAAAAUUACAAACAUCAAGGUCAUUGUUCAGAAGAAGCUCAAUAGCAAAUUCCUUACUCCUUACCCGACUGAUAAAAUGCCCUUUUAUGUUUACGGCUCAGAUGCUCAGAAGCACAUAGACCAUGUCUAUACGGCUUCACCCAACAUACAAAUGACUGCUGAACAAGUUGUCAUUGGACGUCAUCUUCAAAACGAUUGGAAUGCCAAUCCCGUCCUCUACGCACAACUUCCAUUUGUUGAGAGUUCAAUGCACCCUUUCACAACUAACUUUGAACGUGAAACAGCUCUCGAACCAUUCUUCUUCCGUAGUGACAUGCAGUAUGACCAUGUCCUUUUCACCAAAGACUUGGCUGGUAAAGAAGUCGUCGCCACAACCAGUCUUAGGUUGCAAAAGAAAAAGAAUGUCUUUAUUGACACCGACAUGCUCAAUGCUGAUCCUGAACCUGGUGCAAUGGAGUCGGUUUCUUACUGCGGUGCUCAUGUUCAUGAAGUAAACUAUGCUGAAGAAUACAAGCCCCGGGGACAUAAGUACAUGCAGAUGAUUGAUGACUUCAAGGCCGCAUUGCAAGGUAUUGAUUCUCAGUAAUUUGUUCUUGAUGUGACCACGGGAAAUUUGAAAGAAGUGAAUAUUUCUGACAUUCCAUAUGUACAUAGGAUUUGUCCAUGAUUCCUAUGAGUGCUUUAAGUCGGAGAAACAGACAAAUGUAAC